UGUGGCCGCCGAACCCUUGGCUCCCUUUGUAUAGAUACCCCUCCGAUCCAUUGGCAGCAUCGCACUCGCGAACGCCCCAUCUCGAUCCAGUUUCAAACCUCGUUUUCUCCGUCGUCGCAGCCUCUCAUCCAAAUGGCGAAGAUCAAGAUCGGGAUCAACGGGUUCGGCAGGAUCGGCAGGCUGGUGGCCAGGGUUGCGCUGCAGAGCGACGAUGUCGAGCUUGUCGCCGUCAACGACCCCUUCAUCACCACCGACUACAUGACCUACAUGUUCAAGUAUGACACUGUCCACGGACAGUGGAAGCACCACGAGGUCAAGGUCAAAGACUCCAAGACCCUUCUCUUUGGUGAGAAGGAGGUUGCUGUGUUUGGCUGCAGGAACCCUGAGGAGAUCCCGUGGGGUGCAGCUGGUGCUGAGUACGUUGUUGAGUCUACUGGUGUUUUCACCGACCAGGAGAAGGCUGCGGCACACUUGAAGGGUGGUGCCAAGAAGGUCGUCAUUUCUGCUCCUAGCAAGGAUGCCCCCAUGUUCGUUGUUGGUGUCAACGAGAAGGAAUACAAGUCUGACAUUAACAUCGUCUCCAACGCUAGCUGCACCACCAACUGCCUUGCUCCUCUUGCUAAGGUCAUCAAUGACAAAUUUGGCAUUGUUGAGGGUCUGAUGACCACCGUUCAUGCCAUCACUGCUACCCAGAAGACUGUUGAUGGGCCCUCAGCCAAGGACUGGAGGGGUGGAAGGGCUGCUAGCUUCAACAUCAUUCCCAGCAGCACUGGAGCUGCUAAGGCUGUUGGCAAGGUGCUCCCUGCCCUCAAUGGAAAGCUGACCGGAAUGGCUUUCCGUGUCCCCACCGUUGAUGUUUCUGUUGUUGAUCUGACUGUUAGGCUCGAGAAGUCUGCUACCUAUGAAGAGAUCAAGGCCGCGAUCAAGGCUGAGGCUGAGGGUAACCUCAAGGGCAUUUUGGGUUAUGUUGAGGAGGACCUUGUUUCCACUGACUUCCAGGGUGACAACAGGUCCAGCAUCUUUGACGCUAAGGCUGGCAUUGCUUUGAACGGCAACUUUGUGAAGCUUGUGUCCUGGUACGACAACGAGUGGGGAUACAGCUCCCGUGUCAUCGACCUGGUCCGCCACAUGCACAGCACCAACUAGAUGAGCGAGCUGAAGACCUCGUGAUAUCGUGGAGUUGGUGUUUCUUCCCAGGAGAAGAGUGUAGAGAGCCCUCUUCAGAGAAUAAAUUUUUUGUAUGGAAUCAUGUCUGAAACUAUAUUGGGUGUAUCCUAGUGGUUGGUUGAGCAUGAAAUUGCUCAUAUUUUGUCUGGUCUAUGUACCGUCGUACUUUAAAUCAAUUGUUAUUUCAUUUUUCAUCGUGCAUUA